AUGGCAGAGGAACAACAACAGCCGCCACCACAGCAGCCUGAUGCCCAUCAGCAGCUUCCCCCCAGCGCCCCCAACUCGGGGGUGGCCCUGCCAGCCCUUGUGCCCGGGCUGCCAGGGACAGAGGCCAGCGCGCUGCAACACAAGAUCAAGAACUCCAUCUGCAAAACUGUACAAUCUAAAGUGGACUGCAUUUUGCAAGAAGUUGAGAAGUUUACAGACCUAGAGAAACUCUACCUCUACCUUCAGCUGCCUUCUGGUCUCAGCAAUGGAGAGAAAAGUGAUCAGAAUGCCAUGUCAUCUAGUCGGGCACAACAAAUGCAUGCCUUUUCCUGGAUUCGGAAUACCCUAGAGGAACAUCCGGAGACUUCACUGCCCAAACAGGAAGUCUAUGAUGAGUACAAGAGCUAUUGUGACAAUCUUGGUUACCAUCCAUUAAGUGCUGCUGAUUUUGGAAAGAUCAUGAAAAACGUCUUUCCAAACAUGAAGGCACGUCGUUUGGGCACAAGAGGCAAAUCUAAAUAUUGCUACAGUGGACUAAGAAAAAAAGCUUUUGUUCAUAUGCCAACACUGCCCAACCUUGACUUUCACAAAACUGGAGAUGGGUUGGAAGGAGCUGAACCUUCUGGGCAGCUUCAAAAUAUUGAUGAAGAAGUUAUCUCUUCUGCUUGCCGUCUUGUGUGUGAGUGGGCCCAGAAAGUGUUAAGCCAACCAUUUGACACUGUCUUGGAAUUAGCCCGCUUCCUUGUAAAAAGUCACUAUAUAGGCACCAAGUCAAUGGCAGCUCUAACUGUAAUGGCAGCAGCACCACCAGGAAUUAAAGGAAUUACCCAGCCUUCUGCUUUUAUACCAACAGCUGAAAGUAAUUCCUUUCAGCCUCAGGUGAAGACUUUGCCAUCUCCAAUUGAUGCUAAACAGCAGUUGCAACGGAAAAUCCAGAAGAAGCAGCAAGAACAGAAACUACAAUCCCCUUUGCCAGGAGAAUCCGCAGCAAAAAAAUCAGAAAGUGCUACAAGCAAUGGAGUAACGAAUCUUCCUAAUGGAAAUCCUUCAAUCCUUUCUCCUCAACCUAUUGGUAUCGUUGUGGCAGCUGUCCCUAGUCCCAUUCCGGUCCAGCGGACUAGGCAAUUGGUAACUUCACCAAGUCCAAUGAGUUCUUCUGACGGCAAAGUUCUUCCCCUCAAUGUACAGGUGGUCACUCAGCACAUGCAGUCUGUGAAACAGGCACCAAAGACUCCCCAGAACGUUCCAGCCAGUCCUGGUGGGGAUCGUUCUGCCCGGCACCGUUACCCUCAGAUCUUACCCAAACCAGCCAACACCAGUGCACUCACCAUUCGCUCUCCAACUACUGUCCUCUUUACUAGUAGUCCCAUCAAAACUGCCGUUGUACCCGCUUCACACAUGAGUUCUCUAAAUGUGGUGAAAAUGACAACAAUAUCCCUCACACCCAGCAACAGUAACACCCCUCUUAAACAUUCUGCCUCAGUCAGCAGUGCUACAGGAACGGCAGAAGAAUCAAGGAGUGUUCCACAGAUCAAGAAUGGUUCUGUCGUGUCACUUCAGUCUCCUGGGUCCAGAACCAGCAGUGCGGGGGGAACAUCUGCUGUGGAAGUCAAAGUGGAACCCGAAACAUCAUCGGAUGAGCAUCCUGUACAGUGCCAAGAGAACUCUGAUGAGGCUAAAGCUCCCCAAACACCUAGUGCCCUUUUGGGGCAGAAAAGUAAUACAGACGGAGUACUGCAGAAACCUUCAAAUGAAGGUGUCAUUGAAAUAAAAGCAACUAAGGUCUGUGACCAGAGGACCAAAUGUAAAAGUCGCUGUAAUGAAAUUCUGCCAGGCACAUCAACAGGCAAUAAUCAGAGCACUAUCACUCUAUCAGUUGCUUCUCAGAACUUAACUUUCACCAGCACCAGUUCACCAUCUAAUGGUGACUCAAUCAAUAAAGACCCUAAAUUAUGCACUAAAAGUCCAAGAAAACGACUGUCUUCUACAUUGCAAGAGACCCAGGUGCCUCCUGUAAAGAAACCAAUUGUGGAACAGCUUUCAGCAGCUACCAUAGAAGGGCAGAAACAAGGCAGUGUUAAGAAGGACCAAAAGGUUCCACAUUCAGGGAAAACAGAAGGUUCAACAGCAGGUGCUCAGAUUCCUAGCAAGGUAUCAGUAAAUGUCAGUUCACACACAGGAGCAAAUCAACCCUUGAAUUCUUCUACCCUUGUUAUCAGUGAUUCAGCUUUGGAACAGCAAACAACCCCAUCAUCAUCUCCAGAUAUAAAAGUAAAACUUGAAGGAAGUGUCUUUCUCUUGGACAGUGAUUCAAAGUCAGUUGGCAGCUUUAAUCCAAAUGGAUGGCAACAAAUCACUAAGGAUUCUGAGUUGAUAUCUGCCAGCUGUGAACAACAGCAAGCUAUCAGUGUUAUGACAAUUCCUGAGCACUCUGAUAUCAAUGACUUAGAGAAGUCUGUGUGGGAAUUAGAAGGAAUGCCACAGGACACAUAUAGCCAGCAGCUACAUAGCCAGAUACAGGAAUCUUCUUUAAAUCAAAUACAAGCACAUUCUUCAGAUCAGUUACCUCUGCAAUCUGAACUGAAGGAGUUUGAACCUUCUGUUUCCCAGACAAAUGAAAGCUACUUUCCUUUUGAUGAUGAACUUACACAAGAUAGUAUUGUGGAAGAGCUGGUGCUUAUGGAGCAGCAAAUGUCAAUGAACAAUUCUCAUUCUUACGGCAACUGUUUGGGAAUGACCCUUCAGAGUCAGUCAGUAACUCCAGGAGCUCCAAUGUCAUCUCACACCUCCAGCACCCACUUCUAUCAUCCAAUCCACAGCAAUGGCACUCCAAUCCACACACCCACACCUACACCCACACCCACUCCUACUCCAACCCCAACCCCAACCCCAACAUCUGAAAUGAUUGCUGGAUCUCAGAGUCUAUCACGGGAGAGCCCUUGCUCCAGGCUAGCCCAGACUACACCUGUGGAUAGUGCUUUAGGAAGUAGCCGACAUACACCCAUUGGUACUCCACAUUCUAACUGCAGCAGUAGUGUCCCCCCCAGCCCUGUUGAAUGCAGGAAUCCAUUUGCAUUUACUCCAAUAAGCUCCAGUAUGGCAUAUCAUGAUGCCAGCAUUGUCUCAAGUAGUCCUGUGAAACCGAUGCAAAGACCCAUGGCCACACACCCUGACAAAACCAAGCUUGAAUGGAUGAAUAAUGGGUAUAGUGGGGUUGGUAAUUCAUCAGUUUCUGGCCAUGGUAUUCUCCCAAGCUAUCAGGAACUAGUGGAAGACCGUUUCAGGAAACCUCAUGCUUUUGCUGUGCCUGGACAGUCUUAUCAGUCUCAAUCCAGACAUCAUGACACUCAUUUUGGUCGUUUGACUCCUGUCUCUCCUGUGCAGCAUCAAGGUGCCACUGUAAAUAACACCAACAAACAGGAGGGUUUUGCAGUCCCUGCCCCUCUUGAUAAUAAGGGAACUAAUUCGUCUGCCAGCAGCAACUUCAGAUGCCGGAGUGUGAGCCCUGCUGUUCAUCGCCAACGUAAUCUUAGUGGAAGCACCCUCUAUCCAGUAUCUAAUAUCCCACGAUCUAAUGUGACCCCCUUUGGAAGUCCAGUUACCCCAGAAGUUGUUUUCACAAAUGUUCACACAGAUGCAUGUGCCAACAACAUAGCUCAAAGAAGCCAGUCAGUUCCAUUGACAGUCAUGAUGCAGACAGCCUUCCCAAACGCCCUUCAGAAGCAAGCAAACAGUAAAAAAAUAACCAAUGUUUUGUUGAGUAAACUUGAUUCUGACAAUGAUGAUGCAGUGAGAGGUUUGGGAAUGAACAACCUGCCCUCUAAUUAUACAGCCCGGAUGAAUCUCACUCAGAUUUUGGAACCUUCCACUGUUUUUCCUAGUGCCAACCCACAAAAUAUGAUUGAUUCCAGCACUUCUGUUUAUGAAUUCCAAACACCAUCUUACCUCACCAAAAGUAAUAGCACCGAUCAGAUCAAUUUUUCUCCUGGAGAUAAUCAAGCACAAUCAGAAAUUGGAGAGCAGCAGUUAGAUUUCAAUAGCACUGUUAAAGACCUGUUGAGUGGAGACAGCUUGCAAACCAGCCAGCAGCUGGUAGGUCAGGUAGCAUCUGAUCUCACUAAUACUGCAUCUGAUUUCUCUAGUGAUAUCAGGUUGUCUUCUGAGCUCUCAGGCAGCAUCAAUGAUUUGAACACUUUAGACCCAAAUCUACUGUUUGAUCCAGGUCGUCAGCAGGGACAAGAUGAUGAAGCUACACUGGAAGAGUUAAAGAAUGACCCAUUAUUUCAACAAAUUUGCAGUGAAUCCAUGAAUUCUAUGACUUCAUCAGGUUUUGAAUGGAUAGAAAGCAAGGACCAUCCUACUGUUGAAAUGUUGGGUUAAAUUGUGUUUUAUAAUAUGUAGCACACUGUAUCUAAAGACAUAUGUAUUGUAUUUGUCUUAAUGGAAGUGCCUCCCGCAGCAGAAAUACUAUUAAUUGUGACAUUUUAAAAGCGUUUGCUGCAGAAGUGGUUUCUUCAGUAGGAAAUGGUUAGACUUGCCUCAGUUCUUAACAAGUGUCUAAAGACAGUAGGCUGUAGAAGAACAAGUAUUAGGUUUUAAAUUUUAUAAUAUGCCCCAUUUAUUCACAUUGAUUGACUAUCCAGCUGUUACAAGAGCAGUCAAUCUUUAUUUUGUAUAAGUUUCAUUUCAUCAGAUGAUCUGCACAGAACUCAGAAUAAACCAUCAAUUUUAGGUAUAGGCUAUUUUGUUGUUGGCAUUAUCUUUUAGAUAUAAAAUCAUAGCUAAGGUGAACUGUAGACAAGAAAGUCUUCCUUGAAACAGGGACAAUAUUCAGGUUAUUAUAAAAUAUUUAGGCUUGAAGCAUAGAGCUACUGUAGGAUGAAAAAUCUCUGUAGGACUUUCUGGGGCUUCAGUACCAUUUACACCCACGAUGAAGGGCUUAAAUAGAAAAUAAUGGAAAAUUAAAUAUUACUUUAAGGAAAGCAAAGCUGCACUAAAAUUUUUAAGAGAAAAAAACAAGUAGCCAUUUAUAUUUGUGACCUUGCAUUAUUUUUAAAUGUUGAUUUUAAUAUGGAGCUAGCACACAUAGAUGCGCAGGCACGCACACACAAAACAAGUAAAUGUAACUCCAGGCAUUUGUAAUUUAAUAUAAUAAAUACAAGCAUGUUAGAAAAAUGCUUUAUGUUUUAUUAUUUGUUAGUUAGGGGAAUGAGAAGGAAAACAAAAGCAUUCUCUUAGUUUCAUCACAAUGGCUGCAUGUACAUACUGAGAUUCUAAUUGAGAUUUACUUUGAAAUUUUUCGUUAAAAUAUUCCACCAUAAUGUUUUUUUCCUCUUCAACUGAGUGACUCCCUCACUCCUGAAUAUAGUAAUGUAGUUUGAUCAUAGGAUCCCUUUGAAAAACAGGAAGGAGGAUAACAUAAAAAACAACAAAAAACAUUUCACCACCUAAGGUCUGAAGCCACAAAUCUUUAUAUCUCUGAUGAAACAAAGGGGAUAUCAACAGUACUUGAAGAAGAGGAGCAUUUUAUUACUUGCUUAAUUUAUUUAUUGUGAUAACCACAAUUGCAAAAUAAGAACUCAGGAUUUGUUUUAAAAUGUUUCUCUCUAUGGCUCCCAUUUUGUUUUGUGAAUAAUUAUUUAUGAGUUGCAUGUUGACACAAACCUACUCACUGGUUGAAAGCUCCAUUUAAGUGAGUUUCAAGAUCACUUUCAAAGAGAUUGUUAAAUUGCCAUUGUUUUUAAAGCUAACGUAAAACCAUUUGCUAUGCUACCUUGAACCUAGCUAAGCUUUCCUUUACCUUAGUAAGCCAAUCAGAAGACUACAAUCAAUGAAUAUUUAGCAAAUGUGCUGAAGGGUUUAAUAAGGUUUUGUUGUUCAAUAAAUUUGCAAGGUAGGGUAUUAACAUAUUUUGAUAAAAAAUGGUGCUAGAGUUGGCGCAGAGGUUUAUAUAUUGAUAUGUCUUAGUUACUGGCAUUUGUGUGUGUUUGUUUGCUGUUAUCUUGAUUUCAUGAUUUGUUAGGUAUUUUUUUCUUGAUGCUAGUUAUUUCCUCACUGUACAUUGAGACACAGCACUACUGCACACCAAAGUAUGCAAUACCCAAAGGAAACUGUGUGAUUUCUUCUAACAAAUGAUGGGAGCCUUUCUUUAUGAGAUACUCUGAAAAGGAGAUUUUGAGGCCAUUCUAAUCCCUUGUUUACAUUAUUAGCUUCCUACUAAUAUAAAAAUAAUGGAAAUCUUUUUUGAUAAAAAUAUUAAGACUGGAGGAUUUUUAACCCCUUGUACAGUAUUGCAGCAAACUCUUUAAAUUUGGUUGAAUUCGUCCAGCAAACUUUCUGGGGUUCAUAUAUUGCACUAAAUUUGUUGAACCUGUGGUAGGCACAUCUCUUAGGAUAAAUGCAACCAAUACAGUCCACAGAUUAAACUUUUUAAAUGUGUUUCAUUAUGAAAAGACAAAAUGUCAUCAAAGUGACAGAUAAAAUUGUCUUAUGUAGCAAUGUGCAUUGAUCUCAAUGAGAUAUUUCUAUUAUUCUCUUACAUGAGAAUAUUACAGCAGGAAGAAUUAAGUUUAGUUUGCUUCACCAUGUUAAUACAUGAUCACAAAAUGUGCAUGAGUGUUACUGACUUAUCUUGUACAGUACUAGGAUUCCUGUAACCACUCUUUUUUUUUUCUUCGCUGUAUUGAAACUGGUUCAGUGUUAACCAGGCAAACAUAGUUAUUCACAGGUUAUUUACUUUAUGUUUACUAAUUCUGCUUAGUUAUUGUUGAAUAUGUUCUGUUCCAGAUUAUUUUUAUUGUUUUGAUGUUUAAAACAUUUUGCAUACUGUUUAUCAUAAGACUUCAUGAAGUAAAUAAUUUUGCAUAUAAUUGCAAUAAGCACUGACUUUUGAACUGAAAAGAAGGAAAGUGUUUUUUGUGCAGUGCAUCUGAGGUUCAUAUAAUAGUCUUGUACUAUAAUGUGCUUUACUACACGAUAAAUGACAAAAACAAGCCCUGUUUCAUGUUUCAUUUAGUGCAAAAAGUCAGAUUUCCCCAGUGUUUUGUUGUCUGUUGUACCUGCUGAAACUACAGUAGUUGAAUAUUGCGGUAGCAUUUCAGUUCUCUUUUUUUAUUAAAAGUGCUCAAAAAUUGUUUUUUAAAUGUUUUCAAAAACAAUUAAAAACAUUUUAUAUUAAA